CUGCGCUGCACAAGGGCCUAAUUCAUGUCCGACUACGCGUCAACUCCCUCACGCCCCGGCUCGCCCAUCGGAGAACUGCCGUCGUUCUCUGCUGCUCGCCCCAGCGCGUACAGAUUCAACUGGGAUUCUAGGCGACCUGGACCGGGUAGUGUCUCAGAGACCACAGAAGGGAGAGGAGAUUACUUCGCGAAUAACGCCCCAUAUGAUGUCUACACCAAUGGCUCUCUCGCCAACCUCGCCCUGGGUGCGAUUCCGUCGGAAUGGAGUAGUUCGAGGCAUGGCUUCAAUGCCAUCUCGAAUGUCGUAAAUAGCCCACGCAAGAAACCCGAUCCGCCCAAGGCUCACUCCGCGCUCCCAGCGGUUCCCCCAGCGGACCUCCCGCGCGUGCGCCGCAAGGACUUCGACUCCUACCUCCGCGCGAUCUCGCCGGAAUGGGAGCGCUUUGUGCAGAACGCGGAGCAAGGCCGGGACGGGGUCGCACAAAUCGAGAGCACAUCCUCCUCGUCCGGCAUCGAAGUCCCUCCCACACCGCACACGCCGAGAACACCGAGGCCGCCGUCAGGAAAGGCCCCACCACCACUCGAGACCGUCCCGUCUGUGUUCUUUGACGCAAGCUUCAACCUAGGCGACCCGCGGACGUUCAAUGCAGUGACCGAGCAGCGCGAGGGCGAAGAGGACUUUACAGACCCGACAUCACUUUCCCACUCUCUGCCAUUACUCGAGAAGCUGUCUCACUAUGCGGACACGAUUGAGCAGCACCUCGUGCGCGAAAUCUCCGUGCGGUCUACCUCGUUCUUCGCUGCCCUGGCGAAUCUUCAAGACCUCCAGACCGAAUCUGAGCAAUGCCUUGACCGCAUCUCCAAUCUGCGAGGGCUGCUCAAAGACGUCGACGAGAAGGGUGCGAAGCGCGGGCUGGAGAUUGUACGGAAAGAGGGUAAGCUGCGGAACAUGGGCGCCGUCAAGGACAGCGUCCGUUUCGUCAGCGGGGUCAUGGAGAUGACCGGAGUGGCGAGAAGCCUAGUGGCGGCGGGCCAGUGGGGCGAGGCACUGGAUGUUAUUGAAGAGCUGAACAGGCUCUGGGACCCUACCAGCGCGGAUGCACAGGCCGCGAGACCGCCGCCGACCCCGGCGAAGAACGGUCGGUCUUCACCUUUGCCUACGGUGAUGGAGUCACCCCCUGCCACACCGCCACCGCCGCCACCGCCCCCUGCCCCUACAAUACCUCUAUCAUCUUUGAGGGCCUUCGCAGCAUUACCGGAACACCUACGGACACUAACCAUGGAGAUCACCACAUCCCUGUCGUCCGAGUUUGUCAACCUUCUGCGGCACGAUCUUGUCGAGCGCAUCGACUCGAAGUAUGAUUAUUGGCCGGAGGCGCAGCGACAUGACUUCAACAUGUCGCUGAAAGAUCGGCUACGACCGUUGCUGCAGUCCUUGGUGCGCACAAAGGGUAUCCUAGAAGCUACAAUAUCCUGGCGAGACGUAGUUAUGACGGAAGUACGAAGUACAAUCAAGCGGCGAAUACCUACGCUCGAGCUGAGCGAUGAUGAUUCAAUACCUCAGCAGUCAAAUGCCGCGGCUGAACUACGUGCCAUGUCACAUGCGGCUUUCAUGGAUGUGGCUCGUGCCAUGUACCGCAGCCUCCUGAACUGCAUAGAAGGCCUGUAUCGCGAAAAUGCCAUCAUUGUCGAGGUCGUCCAGAGUAUCCAGUCGCCAAAAGCGAGCGUGGACUUGGCCGCGCUGCAGGAGGAGCUGUCUGACAUCCUGUCCUCCGCAGCUGAGCUUGCGAACGCCCGCGCAUCGAAGGUGAUGAGCGUCCGCGCGGAACAGCAUACCGCACUCGACCUGCCAAGCUUCUGCGCACUAUUCAACGAGUCUUGGGAUUUCGUUGUGAAGUCGGAGAUCAUCUGCAGGCGGAUGAUUGUGGGCUUGCGGGGAGCGAUUGUCAGCCAGGCCAAGAGCUUCUUGCAGCACUUCCAUCAGACACAACUAUCACUAUCGGCCAAGCUCGUGGAAGAUGAGCAGUGGAACGCCGCAGAGGUUGCGCCCUCUGUGCAGCGUAUAGUAGAUAUGAUGGUCGACGCGUCCAUCCAAGACCCCCCAGAGCUACUCCUCAAUCGUCCUCCCUCCGACACACUUUCUCCCCUACCCCCACCAUCUCCCGCUCCGUCAUCUCCCUCUCUCACGGUCAAUGGUUUGCCGCCACGACCUUCCUCCCCGUUGCCCUCACCAAACUUCCCACCCUCACCCGGACGUGCUGCGCGAAGGCGCUCUGCAAACGCACCAACAAAGCAUCUACGUGUGGAGGACCGGCCGUUCUUCGCGGUGUCCGCGACUCUCGACGUGCUCGUGCUGCUCAUCGAGUACCUCAAAGUCAUCGUGAACCUGCCGCUGCUCGUGACGGACACGAUGAGCCGCGUUAUCGAGCUCCUCAAGUCGUUCAACUCGCGCACGUGCCAGGUCGUCCUCGGUGCGGGCGCGAUGCGCUCAGCGGGCCUGAAAAACAUUACGGCGAAACAUUUGGCUCUUGCGUCGCAGUCACUAGCGAUCAUGAUCUCGCUCAUCCCGUACGUUCGCGAGGCGUUCCGCAGGCAUCUCAGCCAGAAACAGGCGGUGAUGCUCAUCGAGUUCGACAAGCUCAAGCGGGACUACCAAGAGCACCAGAACGAGAUCCAUGCCAAGCUGAUUGCCAUCAUGGGCGACCGCCUCACCGCGCACAUUCGCUCGUUGCAGGGCGUAAGGUGGGACGUCCCCAAGGAAGGCGUCAACGAGUACAUGGAAGUUCUUGUGAAGGAGACUGUGACGCUGCACAAGGUCCUCUCGCGGUACCUUCCCUCCUCCAUCGUCGAGUUUGUGAUGACGCAGGUCUUCGCCGCGAUCAACCACCGCCUGUCUGAGGAAUACGCGAAGAUCGAGCUACCGUCCCUGGAGGCGAAACACAGGCUUAUCACAGAUGCGCGCUAUCUCCAAGAGAAGUUGACGGGGCUCAAGAACGUCGCGGCGCCGACCGCGAUGCUCGAAACCGUCGUCUCCGAGAAGUCGGUCGCGAACAGGCAAGCCCAGCAGCCUGCGCAACCCGCGUCCGCGCCCCAGCAGCCCGCUGUCCAGUCCGCGCUUAACGCCGGGAGGUUCAGAGGGAUGCUGCAGCGCGCUGGCACGCUCAACGGUCGGCACGCCACCGCGCCACCGACUUCGUCGACGCCGCCACCCGCUCUUGCGCCCAACGUCGAGAAGGCACUGCCCCCUGCCGUCGUCGCGUCGCCGUCGCCCGGACCGGACUCGCGCGUAGGCACUCCAGGACCACCGGUCGACCCUAUGGCUGACAACGCGCCUGCCGCACCGACGCCGCCUCCUCAGGCUCCUGUGGUGAUCACGGAGAAGUCGCUCGUCGCUGAGCCCGACGAAGCGAAUGGGGAUGCUGCGCCUGAAUCUUUGUUGCCUGUGGGUGAGGAUGCCCCUCCGGAAAUCCCACCCAAGGGGGACACGCCUGCGCCUGAUGGCGAUAGCGAGCAACCCCAGGCUGAUGGGGAGCUUGCGGAUGAAGAGGCGGUCGCUCCGGCUGAGGAGCCUCAUCCUCUCGCGUAACGCGCGGCCAUCGCCUGCUGGACCUCGUAACGUGGACGGUGCGGUAUUUACUGUAUAUGGACCCGGAAUGCCUUAAUACCCUAUCACUGCCGCAUUUCUGGGACGUUGGUUAUGUCAUAGAUCUCCCAC